UGGAGGCAUGGGGCAAGGAGAACGGCUUCCGGUUCUCCUCUGCAAAGACGGUAGGCAUGCAGUUUUCCCGUAAGCGUCGCCCCACUGCACCCAUGGUGGUGAGGCUCUACCGUGAAGCCAUACCAGUGGUUGCGGAGGCCAAGUUCCUUGGCAUGACUCUUGACUGCCGACUCACAUACCGAAGUCACAUAAAGUGUCUCCGUGACAGAUGUCUUAAAGCUCUUGACAUUCUGAAGUGUGUCGCUCGCAUGUCCUACGGCGCUGACCGUAGUACGCUACUCCUUCUUUAUCGGUCUCUGGUGCGGUCCCGUCUGGACUAUGGAUCUUUUAUCUAUGACAACGCUGCAUCCUCAUCCAAGCUUAUCCUUGACACUGUCCACCACGCAGCGAUUCGCAUUGCGACUGGUGCUUUCCGAACUACUCCUGUCGUCAGCUUGUUAGCUGAGGCGAACGAGCCCCCUCUGGCCUUACGAAGGCAGAUGUUGGGCAUGCGAUACGCCAUCAAACUUCGUCAGUUCCCUUCCCAUCCUGCUCACGGACCGGCUUUCUCCAGGUCGGUCUUAGCAGUCUUUGAUGGCGACGAGAGGAGCCGCUCUCGAGUUUUCUGCACCCGAACGGCCGAUCUCCUCCGAGAUUGUGGCCUAAGCACUCGGGACAUCAUGCGAGUUGUUAUCCUGCCUGAACCGCCUUGGAGGUUAUCUGUCCCCUCUGUGGACCCAACCCUAUCAGGCACACGGAAAGACCAAAUUCUGCCUCUGGCCUUCAAGGCGAAGGCAUUGGAACAUAUUGAAUCAUAUUCAGGCCAUGCCGUGGCAUACACCGAUGGGUCCAAGUCGGACCUCGGUACUGGCUGUGCCUUCGUCUGCGGCGACGCUGUGCGAUGUUUUACUUUAUCUAAACAUGCAUCCGUUUUUACCUGCGAAUUGGUCGCCGUCCUCAAACUUCUAUGUUUUAUGCAGAUUCAUCCCGCUCGGUCAUAUCUUGUCCUCUCCGACUCAUUGAGCGGACUCCAGUCCUUGACACAAUUCUAUCCACUUGACCCCCUCGUACAGUAGAUUCUUCUCCGUUUGACGGCUCUCGACCGAGAGGGUACCUCAGUGACUUUUUGCUGGAUUCCCAGCCAUGUUGGUAUAGCUGGCAAUGAGCGGGCGGACCGUGCUGCGAACCAUGCGGCGCGGCAGCCCUGCUCCCGCCGGUUCCCUCUACCGGCCAGGGACUUUUUCCCUAUGGUGAGCUCAUUCUUCCGCGGAAAGUGGCAGGAGGCUUGGAGCAAAUGUCAGACAAACAAGCUGCUACGCAUCAAACCGGGUUUGGCAACCUGGCUGUCUGCGUCACGCAAGUCGCGUCGAGAGGAGGUCAUCCUCUGUCGGCUUCGCACAGGACACACUUUCGGUACCCAUGGACACCUUAUUGGCGUCGGCCCAAGACCUGUUUGUGCGAGAUGUGGCGACAGACUUUCCGUCCGACACGUUUUUCUGGAGUGUCCAAGACUGGAAGCUGAGCGGCUGAAGUUUCUGGGCCUGCGCGGAGCCCAACUUUCUUUGAGAGCAGUCUUAGGUGACGAGUCCUCUUUGCUUGACUCUUCUCGCCUCUUUUCGUUUAUUGCGGCCUCCGGCCUUCAGGUGAUUUUUAACGCCCGACACUGAGGAAGUCAAAUAAGAAAUGGGCGCGAUAUAGCCUCGCAGCUGGUGCGCCCUGUCACUCCAAAUCAUCAUCAUUCCUUUCCUAAGCAUAAAACGUAAAUAAGUAAGUAAUUAAAGACGUAUUUAAAAUCUCUGUUAUGGGCGCAAAAUGACCUCGCAGUCGGCGCACCCCUAACCCUCAACAAACAAACACACAAACGGGUCCACCACUCCACUGUGUCUUUGGUGCCGUCGUAUUCCGCGAUCACGCGGACGUCUAAAGUCCCCGCACUCGCGGACACCGAUCCCACCUCGUCUCCGGCCAUGGUAAAGGUCGAAAUAGCUUGUAUUCACCGCGAGCGCUUCACCAACGUCACGGUAUGUACACCGCGGGCCACACGGCGCGACUCCCGCCCGAUCUGCCCUCUCUCCGGACCCCCUGUCAUACCGCCUCUGCCAGAGUCCCGGUGCAGACUCCGGCGCGUACAGUCUGUGACAUAACACACUCAUGGCUACUGGGCGCCCGGUCGGGGCGCCGGGGACAGGACACAGGGCGUCACGCUACGCAUGUUAUCACACCAUCUUGAUCACACCACAGGAAGCUCGGGCUUCUGCAAUAAAGCUCCCACUUCAAUGGCAGCCACACUAGGCGAUUAGCCUGUCCGCGGUGACCUGUCCCGGGCCGGUGACCGCGGUGACCUGUCCCGGGCCGAUGACCGCGGUGACCUGUCCCCGGCCCCUGGUAACCCAGUGACUGGCGGCUGGCCGCUCUGCCGCCAGGAUGCCCGUGCAGUACAUCGUGGGCGAGUGGGAGUUUUGCGACGUGACGGUGUCGGUACGUCCGCCGGUACUGGUGCCGCGGCCCGAGACGGAGCGUCUGGCGCUGCUGGCCGCCGACCGGCUGCGCCCGCUGGCCGCCGCCGGCGAACGGAGCCCCCGGCUGCUGGAGGUCGGCUGCGGCUCCGGAGUCAUCACCCUCGCCGUCCUGCACUGGCUCAAACAGGUGUCAGCGGUGGCGGUGGACCCGUCUGAGGCCGCCUGUCUGCUGACUGAGGAGAACGCCGCUCGGCUGGGCGUCUCUGAGCGGCUGCACGUGCACCGCGCGGCGCUCACCGACGCCGGACUACCCUGUGUGGAGGGUCAGCGGUUCGACAUGGUGGUCAGCAACCCGCCCUACGUGCCGACGGCCGACCUGCGGCGGCUGCAGCCGGAGAUACUGCUGUACGAGGACCGGGCGGCGCUGGACGGCGGGCGGGACGGCCUGGCGCUGGUGCGCCGCCUGCUGCGCCGCUCGGCCGGCUGGCUGCGGCCCGGAGGCCGCCUCCUGCUCGAGCUCGGCCUCGGACAGCCGGAGACUGUAGUGGCGCUGCUCUCUGAGCCCGGCACGGGGCUGACGCGACCCCAGGUGCACCGGGACUUCAACGGCCGCGAGCGCUUCGUGGAGGCGCAGCGGGAGUAGGAGAGAGGGAGGGAGGAGUGACCCGACUCGUCGGUCGUGUGAGGUGCGGUGCAGCAAUUAUAAGUCGAUGUAAGGUCGGUUUGUGACGCCUUUUGUGAAUGAUUCGAUUGAUUUUUAUGGUGAGAGCGUGAGGAGUGUGCGUGAUUGUACUUGUAGUGUUGUGAACUGCAUUGAAAUACAUUGUAAUAUAAACAAAGAA